GUGAACAAUACGAUUCAUCAUUCAAUCAAAUUUCCAUUUGAAUCUUUUGUUAAUUUUGAUAUUCUUAUCGAAUCAUCGAUAUAAUUCUAUCUAUUAAAUAUUUAUUAACACUUUAAAAUGUUUUUAUUUUAAGAAAAUGCAACCAUUGAUAAAUUACAUUUUAUUUAUUACUGCUGAAAGUUGAUAUAUAAAUAUGAUCGCUGCUAUUUUCCAGUGUUUUACUCUUAGCAGCUUAAUCAUUACUAGCAAUGCUUUCUAUGUACCCGGAGUGGCUCCAGUGGAGUUUAGGAAAGGACAAAAAAUUGAAGUUAAAGCUGUUAAAAUGACUAGCAUUCAUACACAACUACCAUAUGAAUAUUAUUCUCUACCUUUAUGUUUGCCUAAAAAUGGCACAUUUGUGUACAAAUCUGAAAAUUUAGGUGAAGUACUGCGGGGUGACCGUAUAGUUAAUACUCCAUAUGAAGUACACAUGGCUGAAAAUAUCAAAUGUAGACUAUUGUGCCAUUAUAAGAAUAAUCCAAUCAAUUGGAGUGUGGAGGAAUCUGAGAAGGUUGCAAGUCGAAUAGAACAUGAGUACUUUGUUCAUUUAUUAGUGGACAAUCUUCCAGUUGCAACAAAAGUAAUCAAUAUUGACACAUCAGAAAGGACUAUAGAACAGGGGUACCGAUUGGGUUUUAUGACUAAAGGCAAAGCAUACAUAAACAAUCAUUUAAAACUAUUAUUGAAAUAUCAUAAACACAGCCAAGACUCAUAUAGAGUAGUUGGUUUUGAAGUGGAAACACUGUCACUUGACAAAGAUGAUUUGAGUUUUGUGGAUGAAUCUUGUCAAUUUCCAUCAGAUCCUAAACCCCAGUUGGUCAAUGAAGAAACUGGAACUAAACUUUACUUUACUUAUUCUGUGGAGUGGGGAGAGUCAGAAAUAGGAUGGGCGUCCAGAUGGGAUAUAUAUUUAGGAAUGAAAGAUGUGCAGAUACAUUGGUUCUCCAUUGUUAAUUCCAUUGUGGUGUUGUUCUUUUUAUCUGGUAUAUUGACAAUGAUCAUGGUGAGAACACUAAGACAAGAUAUAGCUCGUUACAACUCUGAUGAAAGUAUUGAUGACAUGAUUGAGGAAACUGGCUGGAAACUGGUUCAUGGUGAUGUUUUCCGUCCCCCUCCAAGAAGAAUGCUAUUCGCAGCUGUCAUUGGAAGUGGAAUUCAAGUUUUUCUAAUGGCUCUUAUAACUAUAUUUAUAGCAAUGCUGGGUAUGUUGUCUCCAGCUAGCCGAGGUGCAUUGAUGACUGCAGCUAUAUUCCUCUAUGUAUUUAUGGGUCUUAUUGCUGGCUACUACUCUGCACGCUUAUACAGUACAAUGAAAGGAAAACAGUGGAAACAGGCUGCAUUUCUUACGGCUACAAUAUAUCCAGCUAUAGUCUUUGGCACCUGUUUCUUUUUAAAUUUUUUCAUUAUGGGCAAACAUUCCAGUGGUGCAGUACCUUUUUCAACUAUGAUGGCUCUAUUGUGUUUAUGGUUUUGUAUAUCACUACCAUUAGUAUACUUGGGAUAUUAUUUUGGUUGCCGUAAACAGCCCUUCCAACAUCCUGUAAGGACUAAUUUUAUUCCGAGAAAAGUACCUGAUCAAGUUUGGUAUAUGAAUAUAUUCAUAUGCAUUUUAAUGGCUGGAAUUCUCCCAUUUGGAGCUGUAUUUAUUGAAUUGUUUUUCAUCUUUAAUGCAUUAUGGGAAAAUCAAUUUUACUAUCUCUUUGGUUUCUUGUUCCUGGUGUUUUGCAUUUUGGUAAUAUCUGUGUCACAGAUAUCAAUUGUCAUGGUCUACUUCCAACUUUGUGGCGAGGAUUAUCACUGGUGGUGGAAGAGUUUUAUUGUGUCUGGAGGAUCUGCUGUUUACAUUUUAAUAUAUUCUAUCUUUUAUUUCUUCACCAAACUUGAAAUAACUGAGUUUAUACCAACAUUGCUUUAUAUUGGAUAUACGGGACUCAUGGUGUUAACAUUUUGGCUGUUGACUGGCACCAUUGGCUUCUUUGCAGCGUAUACAUUUAUUAGAAAAAUAUAUGCUGCUGUGAAAAUUGACUAGAUUAAACUGAAGUACUAAGAUAUUGUGUACAUAGUGAAGUAUGUAUUGAGUAGUUUGAUCUGAUUGGCGAACAAAUGUUGACAAUAGUGAGUUAUUGCUGAGAAGUAUUUGAAUGUUAUAUAGGCAAGAUAUUGCAUUUUUAGUCAUUAAAUAAUAAAUUAGCAUAAAAUGAAAUUAUAAAUAAUUUUAUUUAUAAUAAUUUUUUGUGAUUGCUUGUAAGUAUAUUUUAAAAUCACAUUGUAAGUUAAUUUUUGUGUCCUAAGACUGGCUUGUUAUAUUUUGUAUAGCACUUUUGCCCUAGGUUUACUUAUAUUAUUAAUAUUUUCCAAUAAA